AUGCGUGGCUUUCGUCUCCAAUACGAUCGAUGGCUGCAGCACUCGCCAUUAAUAACAAAAGCCAUCACCUCGGCCGUUCUCUUUGGGGUUGGGGACCGACUUGCACAACGGAUCGAACCUUCCGAACCAUCCAACAGCGACAACAGCGACGCAGAAAAGACCAUCGACCGCCUCGGACUGCACCGAACAGCUCGGAUGAUGGUCUGGGGUGGCCUCUUCUUCGCCCCAUUUAACCACGCAUGGUACAACUUUCUUGAAAAAGCCGUGCGAGGCAACACCGUGUUAUCAAUUGGCAAGAAAAUAGCUGCUGACCAGCUUGUGGCCACCCCGCCCCUCAUGCUGGCUUUCUUCACCUAUGCUGGCUUCGCCGAAGGCCGGUCGGUGCAUGAUACAAUGCAGAAGACAGCGGCGAAGCUCCAACCGACGCUUGUAGCGAAUUAUGCCGUGUGGCCACUGGUUCACGUCGGCACUUUUGGUUUCGUGCCGUUGCACUACCGAGUGCUGUUUAUCAACGUCGUGAACAUCGGGUGGUCAGCUUUCCUGUCGCGCAUGGCAAGCUAG